AUGGACAAUCUUCCUCCCUCCGCCUUUUCGCAAGGCUCCUCGUCGCAAUACCAAACCGAAUCCAACCUAUCGAACGCAGAUUAUGCAAUCGCAGAUAACGGUUUCUCCGCUGAGAAUGGCGCAGGAAACUUCGGUGUGAUGGCAAACGGCCCAGCUGUGGAACUUGCUCUCGCUUGGGCCAUGAAUGUUCCUACGAUGAAAUACGCAAGAAGAGUGGCCCGAAGCGGGGCCCAGGUUGAGACGCUACUCAAAGGUCAAGAUGGUGACCCCGUUCCAAGAACCUCGCCCCCUCAGCCGCAAGAGAAUGCAUUCACGGCCCCCCUCCCAGACGAUAACAUCCUCGUCCUACCGGAAAUCUCAGGUCUAGGCUCUGACCUGGGAAACUCAAUACCCUCCUCUGCAAACGAAGCUACCGCAUCUCAGCCAAACCCAAUGUUCUUUCCUAGCGACCCCCAGUGGGAUAUGAUUGGUUUGGGGUUAGAGGAGCCUCUUCCGAUGCAGGAUGUCAUUGAUGAACUAGAGAGUAUAUAUUUCGAAAAGAUCCAGCCUAUGCUGCCCCUCCUGCAUCGACCUCGAUACUUCACCAAUUUGAAUCUUGCUCCCCAUAUGCGCCCGCCCAUCUGCCUCCGAUAUAUGAUCUGGUGCCACGCAGCGUCGAUCAGUGACAAAUACUACGGAUUACACAAUCAUUUUUACCACCGCGCCCGCAAAUAUGCUGAAAUGGAUGAAAUGAAAGGGUUUGGAGAAAACAUCAUCACCCUUUCGCAUUGUCAGACUUGGAUCCUCAUUGGCUCAUAUGAAUUUCGCAUGAUCUACUUCCCACGAGCAUGGUUAAGUGUCGGAAAGGCAGCCAGAUUGGCGCUUAUGAUGGGUCUGAACCGACUGGAUGGUACUGGCCUUGAUGUGAAGCAAUCCAUGUUUCCACCAAAGGACUGGACUGAGCGCGAGGAGCGCCGACGCACAUUCUGGAUGGCUUUCUGUACAGAUAGGUAUGCCAGUAUUGGUACUGGCUGGCCCAUGGUUAUUGAUGAGAAUGAUAUCAUGACCAACCUUCCCGCGUCCGAGGAGGCGUUUUUGAAGAGCAAGCCACAGCGCACGCUCAGUCUAUCUGAUAUCAUCGCUGGCGAGGGUGUCACCACAUUAGCACCGUUUGCUUACGUAUGUGUGCUGGCAAAUCUUUUUGGUCGCAAUCUGAACCAUAUCCACCGACCGCAGCCCCAAGACAAUGAUCAUGACCUUAAUGGGGAAUUCUGGAAACGACACAGAAGCCAUGAUAAUAUUCUUCUUCACAUCGCACUUUCAUUGCCUGACCACCUUCGUCUUCCGGGUGGCAUGGACGAUGUAAAUGUCAUUUUUGCCAACAUGAACAUUCACACAUCCACCAUUUGUCUUCACCAAGCAGCAAUAUUCAAGGCUGAGAAGAACAAAAUGUCGAACCAAAUUGUGACUGAGAGUAAACGCAGAUGUCUUGUUGCAGCAAAUCAGAUAUCCAGCAUCAUGAAGAUGGUCAGCCAUGUUGACUUGACGAUUCUGAACCCAUUCAUGUCAUUUUGUCUCUAUAUAUCAGCCAGGGUCUUUGUACAGUAUCUUAAAUCGCGACCGGAUGAUUCAACAGUUUACUCUUCACUGCAAUUCGUGAUUUCCGCACUCAACGCGAUGAAAAACAAGAACCCAUUGACCGAGUCAUUUCUCGUUCAACUGGAUGUUGAUCUUGAAGGCACUGGAAUAAAGGCCAUGGAAAAUGGAAAGUAUACUUCUGCACACACUGCCGCAGUCAUUCAAUCAUAUUGCCCGAGUAGGACAGAAUGUCUUUCCAUCUACGAUGUUAGAGACCCGACCCGCCCUGGAACCCCGGACCAAUCAAAACCUGAUAGCACAAGCCAAACCGGCCCGGCACGAAGAACUACCACAUUGCCCAGCCGUUAUAGAGACAAGGGGGCCGUUGAUUCUGAUCUUGGAAGUGCUGGUAGCAAUGCACAGCACUUUACUUCGCUCGCGCGAGCCUCGGCUAUCAACUCUGAUGCCAUCGGCCAAGGGGGCAUUGUGGACAUGGACAUGGACUUUUCUCCAGAUUUCGGUGGGCUUGGUGACAGGAAUCCACCAUCCGAUCAUCCUACCCCUUCAACUUUAAACUCAUCGUCGAACACAUCCUAUUCGAUGUCUGGAAUCGACAACCCAUCCCCGGAAAGAAACAGCAGAAUUCCGCCUCCACCCAACAGAGCCAAUCUUCUGCCUUCGACAAUAUCCACUCCGUUCACAUCUCUCCUCAGAAGUAACACCUCUCUUGGAGAUACCGCCCCUGGUAGGACCUAUCCCGAAACCCCGGGUUGGGAUAUGUCGGCCACGAAUCCCGGUCUGAGCAAUGUAGACUUGAGCAGUCUCAACGUUGACGCCUUGAGCGAGGCCCAGUGGGCUCAGAUCUUGGAAAAUAACGGCAGUGGUCCCGGGUGGGAGAACUGGCGUCCAUCAUGA